UCUAAGAUCCCCUCACACACGCAAACGACUUGACUUCAAUUGAGACUUAUAACACACGCAGAUGACUCUUGACUUCAAUAGAGUAAAGCUUCCCACUGCCCAAGUUUCAUAGUAAGUGCACAAAACUUCUGUGCAGCCUAUAAAUUAAAGCUCCAUCUCCUACCUUCACUUCCAAGCAUAUCUAAGACCAAAUAGAAAAACAGUAGUACAACAUUAAUUAUGGGUUUACCUCUUUCUCUCUUCAUUUUCAUGCCCUUCCUUUUCGUGCUUUCACUGUUGCAUCUUGUACUCACCCAUUCUUCUCCUUUUCUGCAACCCCUGUGCCAUCACGACGACAGCUCCGCCUUGUUGCAAUUCAAGGAAAGCCUUGUCAUAAACAAGUCUGCUUCUCCUUUUGUACCUCCUUAUUGUGAAAAAAAUGUUGCGUCUUGGACAGUAGAAGGGGACAAAAAUGAUUGCUGCUCAUGGGAUGGGGUAGAGUGCAAUGAGGACACUGGUCAUGUAAUUGGCCUCAACCUCAGUAACAGCUGUCUGCAAGGUUCUAUUAACUCCAACAGCAGCCUUUUUCGCCUUGUUCACCUCCAAAGCCUUAACCUUUCCUACAAUCACUUUAACGGCUCUCAUAUCCCAUCCCAGGUACGUGAUCUUUCAAAACUAAUAGAUCUCGAUCUCCAUAGGUCUCAUUUUGUUGGUCAAAUCCCGUUAGAAAUUUCACAAUUAUCGCACUUGUCAUCUCUCGACCUGUCCUACAAUUAUAUGUACUCUUUUGACCUCUUGAUAAAGUUGGAACUCAAAGAGCCCAUCCUCAGAAGCCUAGUUGCAAAUUUGACCAGCCUACAAAAGCUUGAUUUGAGUUAUGUGAACAUGAGCUCUACGGUGCCUAAUAUUUUGGCAAAUUUGUCUUCUUUAACGCACCUCGGUCUCAGUAGAUGUGGUUUUUCUGGUCAAAUCCCAUCAGAAAUUUCACAAUUGUCGCACUUGUUAUCUCUCGACCUGUCCUACAAUUAUAUGUACUCUUUUGACCACCAGAUCACUUUGGAACUCAAAGAGCCCAUCCUCAGAAGCCUAGUUACAAAUUUGACCAGCCUACAAAAGCUUGAUUUGAGUUAUGUGAACAUGAGCUCUACGGUGCCUAAUAUUUUGGCAAAUUUGUCUUCUUUAACGCACCUCGGUCUCAGUAGAUGUGGUUUUUCUGGUCAAAUCCCAUCAGAAAUUUCACAAUUGUCGCACUUGUCAUCUCUCGACCUGUCCUACAAUUAUAUGUACUCUUUUGACCACCAGAUCACUUUGGAACUCAAAGAGCCCAUCCUCAGAAGCCUAGUUGCAAAUUUGACCAGCCUACAAAAGCUUGAUUUGAGUGAGGUGAACAUGAGCUCUACGGUGCCUAAUAUUUUGGCAAAUUUGUCUUCUUUAACGUCCCUCAUUCUUGGCGAUUGUGGUUUGUACGGGGAAUUUCCAAAAGGCAUCUUUAAGCUACCAAAUUUACAGCAUCUUGAUGUAAAUGACAAUGAAGGCCUCACCGGUUAUUUGCCUGACUUUACAUGGAGUAGUCCGCUUGAGACAUUGGAUGUGGGAUACACGAGUUUCUCAGGUGAGCUACCCGCUUCCACAGGAAACUUUAGCUUCCUGACUUCCUUGAGUAUGCCGGGUUGCAAUUUUUCGCGGUCCAUUCCAUCUUCACUUGGUAACCUCACUAAACUCACUCAUCUUUACCUUUCCUUUAACUAUUUCGUGGGUAAUAUUCCGCAUUCACUUGGAAACCUUGUUGAACUAUCUUCUUUAGACAUUUCCUACAAUCAAUUAACAGGUCCAUUCCCUUUAAUUCUUGGAAACCUUGUUCAACUAUUUUAUUUAUCCAUUUCCCACAAUCAAUUGACAGGUCCAGUCCCUUUUGAGGUUUUAAACUUACCACAACUGUUGUUUGUUGAUCUUAGCUAUAAUCUUUUGCACGGUGAAAUGCAUCAUGAGCUUAUGAACGGGAAACGAUUGGAGAUCCUUAUACUGAACAACAAUCGGUUAAGUGGCCCAAUACUUACUUUUGGGCUUACAACUCUACAAUAUCUGGAUCUUUCUAACAACUUGUUCACAAGCUUUGGUCAACAACCAACUUUUCUUCCAUGGACUCAUCUACAAUUUCUUGAUCUCACAUCCAAUUCGCUCCAAGGAUCACUUCCUAUUCUACCAAUCAGUACUUCACAUUUUUUUAUUUCAAACAACUCAUUGACCGGAAAUAUACAAGAAUCGUUUUGCAAUCUGAGUUCUCUUGAAGUUCUUGAUUUGGCUAGUAACAACUUAAGCGGUUCACUUCCUCGAUGCUUGGACAACUUUGGUGCUUUUCUAUCAGUACUUGAUUUGCAAAGGAACAAAUUUCAAGGAAGCAUUCCAAAAACUUGGAUUAGAGGGGGCCAAUUGGAGAUAAUAAAUUUAAGUCAAAACAAAUUCCAAGGGAAUUUAUUGAGAUCGUUGGCCAAGUGUACGAUGCUCAAGGUCCUAGAUCUAAGCAAUAAUGAAUUCAAUGACAGAUUUCCCUCUUGGUUGGAAAAUCUUCCGAAUUUACAGGUUCUCAAUUUGCGGUCAAACAAAUUCCAUGGCCCAAUAAGGACUUCUAAGAGUGAAUACAUGUUCCCAAAGUUGCGAAUCAUUGACCUCUCUCACAACAAUUUUGUUGGAAAGCUACCACUAAAACUUUUUGGCAACUGUAAUGCAAAAACAUCCGAGACUGCAAAUUAUUUGACAUAUAUUCACGUAUACUCAAUGACUGCUUACUCGACUUAUGAGUAUGAUUACUCCAUGACAGUGACAAACAAAGGCGAGAUUAUGUUCUAUGAGAAGGUCCAAGAAUUAUUAAUGGUUGUUGAUAUCUCAAGAAAUAGAUUUGUCGGUGAGAUUUCAAAAUUUAUUGAAAAUUUAAGGGGGUUUCAUUUGCUCAAUCUUUCUAAUAAUGCUCUUACCGGCCACAUCCCACCAUCUUUAGGGAGCCUUACGGAGCUUCAAGCAUUGGACCUUUCUCAAAACAUGUUGUCGGGGGAGAUUCCACAACAGCUAACACAGCUUACUUUCUUAGAAUUCUUCAAUGUUUCUCAUAAUAUGCUCACAGGACUUAUACCACGAGGGAAACAAUUUGAUACAUUUCAAAACAAUUCAUUUGAAGGGAAUCCAGGAUUGUGUGGAAUACCAUUGACAAAGAAAUGUGAGAAUUCUGAUGAGAUGCCUUCUCAACCUUCCAUCUCUCAAGAAAGUCACGACUCUAAAUCACUAUUUGAAUUUGGUUGGAAAAUAGUUGCAAUUGGAUAUGGAUUUGGAUUUGUUGUUGGAGUAAUAAUUGGGCACAUUGUGAUCGCAAGGAAGCAUAAUUGGUUAAUGAAGACCUUCCGAAUAAGGCCAUUGAGUAGGAGGAGACGCUGAAAUUAAAUAGAACAUUCUGGACAUGAUGCCUUCCCAAAGCAAUAUAUUAUUAUUAUACCCGUGUGUUUUUUUGCUUGUAAUCUUAUUUUUCUGUGUUGUUUUGUGUAUUUUGAAUUAGCGUACCAUUACGAUGUUGUAUGUAAAAUGCUUUGGUAAGAUCUUUUAUA